AUGGGAAAUAAUGGAAGCCAGGCAAACUCCACGGCUGUUGGAGUUGUAGUGGGUUUUGGUAUUCUCAUUGUUCUUUUCGCCAUCGCCUUUGCCCAGUUCUGCUGCAAACAUAAAUUCAAAAACUGUAAAAAUUGCUGCAAGAAAAAGAAGCCACCGCUAAAGGAGAGAGUGCUCACCAAAGUUGGCCUACAGAAGUCUCCGCCUCCCUUCUCGAUCACCAAUUACAUUAAAUAG